AUGUCCACCGGCCAAGAAUGGACUAAGGUUGCGUGGAACAUCACAGACGUCGAUGAGCUUCCCUCAGUCAGCGGCGGAGAGUUGGGCGGAAAAUACACUUUCGCCCAGUUGCACUUCCACUGGGGCAGCGUCAGCACGCAGGGAUCUGAGCACACCAUCAAUGGGAUCGCAUACGCUGCCGAGCUUCACCUGGUGCACUUCAAGACUGAGUACGGUUCCCUUGGCAACGCGGUUCAGUACGAUGACGGUCUUGCUGUGUUGGGCAUUAUGCUCCUGGGCGGUCUGAUCGACAACCCCAAUCUCAAACCAAUCAUCGACGGGCUCGCUACCAUCCCAAAUUCAGUCUUAUUUGAUGAUAGAUCGCAUCACACAAAGGCGACACAGGUGACGAGGAACACCUGGCAACAAUGUUCCCUCUCCAAAACCUGCCUGCCGGCGAACACCAACACCUUCUACAGGUACUCAGGCUCCUUGACGACGCCCACAUGCAAUGAGAUCGUCACUUGGACUGUCUUCCAGGACGUCAUAACCAUUUCCGAGAAUCAGCUUGAGGAAUUCCGCAAGCUUCUCGGAGACGACGGAGAGCACCACAUUGUCGACAACUACCGCCCUGUCCAGCCCCUCAACGGCCGUACGGUCGAGAAGAUCACCUUGUCUUAA